CUUCAGCCGUGACACCAGAUGGGAAUGAAAACCGUCUCCUCUCCGAACACUGAUCACUCCAGUCUAGGUGCUACAAGGUUAACCCUCUGCUCUCCGGCAGCUGGCCAGCAAUAGUCAGCAUACAUGGGGCUUGAGGUAAUAAGUUCUCUUAAUUGUCAUUCAUCAGUCGUUUUUUUUCCCCCCCACAACAGGAACUUCUGGUUUUCUUUCACUUUCGCCUAUGAGUACUGUAUUGUGUGAGGACUGCAGAGGGAGGGGACUACGGGCCUCAAUAGCUCUUCCGGGAAGAAGAGUUCGUCUGUACGUGAGAGCUGCAGUUCCCUGACACAGUGGACCCUGGCCGGGGUACAUAGUGAUAUCCAUGAAGAUGAGUAGCAGCACCAGUAGCACCAGCAGCACUCAGGAGCUUGACUCUCCAAGUCCACUUUGCCAUGAGGAGAGCUUCUACACACGGACUGAAUGUAUCAGCAGCAACUUACAAGUCAUACCAUAUCACAAGCUUGUCGACCUCCAAUUUAUCAACAAGGGAGCCUAUGGGACCGUGUACAGCGCCUUACAUUCCGACUGGAGGACACGAGUUGCUGUAAAGUUCUUUCCAAAAGAGCGGCAUCUAGUGGAUAGAGAAAGAAAGAAAAUCUUAAAAGAAGCAGAAAUUUUGCACAAAGCCAGAUUCAGCUUUAUACUUUCAAUCAUGGGAAUCUGUAAUGAGGAAGAUAACAUUGGGAUAGUGACAGAGUACAUGCCGAACGGAUCACUAAACCAGCUGUUACACGAGGACAACCCCUCUCCAGAGAUCGUGUGGCCCUUAAGAUUUCGUAUCCUUUACGAGAUUGCAUUGGGAGUGAAUUUUCUGCAUAAUAUGACCCCUCCACUGCUCCACCAUGAUUUAAAGACACCAAAUAUUUUGCUGGACAGUGAAUUUCACGUGAAGAUAGCCGAUUUUGGUUUUUCACAAUGGCGCAAGUUGUCGCUGUCAGUAAGUGACCAGAAUUCAACAGGAGGCACCAUUAUUUACAUGCCCCCAGAGAUGUAUGAGCCGAACAUCAAAAACAGCCGAGAAAGUGUUAAACAUGAUAUGUACAGCUAUUCGAUUAUUAUGUGGGAAGUUCUCUCAAGAAAACAACCAUAUGAAGAUGCUGUAAGUCACAUGCAGAUCAUGUACUGUGUAGCAAAUGGCAGAAGACCAGACACAAGUGAGGAAAGCCUUCCGUAUGAUAUUCCCCACAGGGACCUAUUUGUGUCUUUAAUGCAGAGUGGAUGGGCCAGUGAUCCCAAUGAGAGACCUGCUUUUCUAAAAUGUCUAUUGGAACUUGAGCCUGUGAUUAGAAGAUAUGAUGAUAUCUCAAUACUGGAAGGGAUAUUGCAAAUAAAAAAAACAAGAAACAAUAUUUCAUGUAUCUCAACUCCAAGUCAUCCUGUGGAAGAAAAUAUACAUCCAUUUAUCUCCGUGCAGAACACUUGUCAGGUGCUCAGCCAAGAGUGUGCUACCAUUGUCUCCAAAUUAUCACGUUCUCCAGAUGAGGAAGAAAUCAUAAGAUGGAAACAACCAAGUUAUGAUCGUAAGCCAACAGACGAAGUACCAUAUCCUAACAGUUAUACAGGUACCUUGGUAGAUCCUGAACAGGAGUCACCCUCUACAACGCAAAUGUGGAUCCAGCGGAAACGAAAUCAGAUCAUAAAUCAAAUGACGGAAGCCUGUCUGAACCAGUGCCUGGACGCUCUCAUUUCCAAUGUUUUAAUUUUGAAGGAAGAGUAUGAACUGAUAAGAUCAAAGGAUACGAGGUGCGCAAAAGUCAGAGAGCUUAUUGACACCUGUGACUUUAAAGGAGAAGGUUUCGCCAGGAUUAUUGUGCAAAAACUAAAAGAAAACAAGCAAUUUGGCCUCCGGCCAUUUCCAGAAAUAUGAGAGAACUGUCAUAUAAUGUUUUUUGUCACAUGUAAAUGAAUGCACUGUAAAUAUAUAUAUUACCAGAGCAGGUAAAGUCACUGCUAGACAUGAAAGUGGUUAUCCAAUGACUAAUGUAUAAAGUGAAAAUCAGACAUCAUAUAGUACAUGACAACCUCUUUCUAACAAAGCUAGAACCAGCCCUGUACCUCACAUGGAUCCAGAGAUCUCCUCAUUCAUUGCUCUGCUAGAUUUAUAU